GGAGGGGAGGAGGAGUCCUCCGGAGCGAAGGCGGCUCCCCCAUCCUGCUUUGCUAAAAAAGAGAAAAAAGCCAGCCUUGGAUUGCAGCCGGAGGUUGAAUUGCACGGAUGCAUUUAUUCGCUGCAAAGCUGACAGCUGGUUCCUGCUCCUGCCCCACUGCAGCUUGAACCGGGAGGUCGCAUUCCCCCCCCCCCAGCCCUCCCCGCACAUCCCUGCAGGGCUUUUUUGCAGAGGGAAACUGUCCUUUGUCCUUCCCAAUCACGUGAGUCUCUCCCCCACCCCCCUUUCAGCCUUUGGGUGCAAUGUGUGGGGCUGGGGAAUGAAGGGGCUGGAAGCCCUCCUUUUACCCCCCCAAGUGGGGAUCAGACAGCGCCUUGGGGGUGGGGGAAGGCCUGGGGAGCACAGAGGAGCGAGGCAAGCCCCCCACCCCAAUAGCACCCUUUUCUGGUUUGGAUCAUCAGUUUCCUUAGGCAAGAGGGAGUUGGGUAUGUAUGUUCAUGUAUGAGAAGCGAGUGGUCUCUCCUUCCUUGGCAGCGCUUGGGUGUGCCACCUGUCAGGGAUCAUUGAGCUGUGAUGUCGGCGUUGCAGGGUGGGGGGCUGGGCUAGAUGGCCUUUGGGGGACCCUCCUGACAUGACAGUUCGGUGAUUCUGUGAAAUCCGCAGUGCGCAAGGGUUUAUCCGUAUGCUGGGCCAAUGCUUCCGAAGGAAAGCACAGAAGGAGAGGGGUCUUGUGCUCGGGUCCUACCACUUUGGCGCGAUUCUGCAGCAGGGCUCCUCUCAGAUUCUUAAGUUCACGUGCAGCUGAUCCAGGAUAUUCUUUUUAUGUUGAGGAGCUUUGCUGUCUGGCAUUCUGAGGGUUUGGCCUUCUCGGUGGUGGCACCCAGCCUGUGGAACUCCCUCCCAUCAGAUCUCAAGGAGAUGAGUAGCCAUACAACCUUUAGAAGACAUCUGAAGGCAGCCCUGUCUAGGGACGAUUUUUAAAUAUGUAAUGUUUUAUUAUGUUUUUAUGUAUUUUGGAAGCUGCCCAGAGUGGCUGGGGUACAAAAAAUAUUAUGAUGAUGAUGAUGAUGAUGAUGAUGAGUUAAGAUGCCACCAGGACCCCUUGGCGUUGCACACUGGACAAACUCCUUUCCCCUCUUUCCUCCUGUCGGCAUCUUCUCUUUCGUUAGCAAGAUGGCAGGCUAAUAUCUCCCGACAACCAAGAAAUAACAGCUAUAAUAGUCCGUGAUUGAUCAUGCCUGCUUUGGAGCAGCUUAAUUUCCUAAACAUCCCCAGCUAAAGAUGAUGCAAUGUGAGCCUCUUUUCUGGCCACAUCAUACGUUAAAGCACCGUGAUGCCGGUUCGAACAGCUCUUGUUCCCAGAAAUCUGGGAGCUGUAGUUUGUUAUAAUGGUGCUGAGAGCUGGAGGAGAGACACCCUCCACCCCAAAUUCCCCUUUCAGAGCUACAAUUCCCAGAGUUUUCUGUGAAGUGGGAUUGACAGUUAAACUGUAGCUGUGUGAUGGAGAACCGGGAUCUCUCCUGACAAUGCUCGGCACCCUUAAUAACGUUAAUUUGGGUAAAACGGUCCCAGAUUAUUAAAGGCCUUAUGGUAACAACUUGAACUCAGGCCUGGUAGUAAUUCAGCAACUGGUGGAGGUCCCUGAGCAGGUUCUGCAUUGCAGAAAUGUAUUGUUCUUCUUGUUGGUUUUGCAGGACCCACAUUUUAGGGGGCAGAUUUUGCUUUAUGACCGAAAUUGGCAGAGCAGGGAGGCGUUCUUUGAACCACCUUGGUGGCCCUGCCUUGGAGCACAGAUGGGAUAAGUAGACGGUGAGAAGCAGAGGAUUCUGGGAAGGAACCGUGCAGAAGAUCCUGAACAAGGAGGACGCCCUCAGCUCAGAUGCUGAGCCCCAGCACUUCAGACGGUUUCUCUGCCACGGCCUGCCGAAAGGUUUGUGACUGACUCCACCAUCUUUGCCCUGAGUGACUGUGGCCAGAGUGAUAGACACGAAAAGCCCGAUCUGGUUCUCCUAGAACAGUUUUUGGCUGUCCUCCCCCCAGAGAUGGAGAACUGGGUGAGGGAACGUGGAGCAGAGACCGGUUCCCAGGCGGUGGCCCUGGCUGAAGGUUUCCUCUCGAGCCGAGCAGAAGAUGUGAAGCAGGAGGAGGAACAGCAGGUACGAUACAAUAAUCUUUAUUGUCAUUGUCCCAUACAAAACAACGAAAUUGAAAAAAUCUACACCAGACAUUCAAAAAUCAACAAGCCUGCUAUCGCAACUAUCCCAGCCUGGUUAGCCCCUAAAAACUCUGAUACCCCAUAAUUGAAUACAAUAUACUCACAUAGAGACUACCUUAAAGGUAAAGGUAAAGGGACCCCUGAUCAUUAGGUCCAGUCAUGGUCGACUCUGGGGUUGCGGCGCUCGUCUUGCUUUAUUGGCCGAGGGAGCUGGCGUACAGCUUCCGGGUCAUGUGGCCAGCAUGACUAUGCCACUUCUGGCGAACCAGAGUAGCACACGGAAACACCAUUUACCUUCCCGCCAGAGCGGUACCUAUUUAUCUACUUGCACUUUGAUGUGCUUUCGAACUGCUAGGUUGGCAGGAGCAGGGACCGAGCAACAGGAGCUCACCCCGUCGUGGGGAUUCGAACCACCGACCUUCUGAUCAGCAAGUCUUAGGCUCUGUGGUUUAACCCACAUCGCCACCCGCAAGAGACUACCUUACACUGCGUUUAAAACCAAAAUCGCAUUUGGAUAGAAACUGUUUCUCAGGCGGCUAGUCCUAGUCUUUAUAACCCUGUACCUUCUUCCAGAAGGCAGAAGCUGAAAGAGAUCAUUUCCGGGGUGCAAACUAUCCUGCACUAUCUCUACAGCUUUCUUAUGGCACCUGGAAGCGUAGAUUUGAUCCAAGGUGGGAAGAGUGCACCCAAUUAUUCUCUCCGCAGCCUUUACAACCCUGGACAGCAUUGUUUUUCCCCUGACUGUGCAGCUCCCAAACCACACACACAGACCAUAAGUUAAUACACUCUCCACAGUACAAUGGUAAAAUGCCAUCAACAGGUCCUUUGAGAGAUUGUUUUUGCGGAGGCUUUUCAGAAAAUAUAACCUCUGCUGUGCUCUCUUCAUCAGGUCUUUGCUUCAUCUUGGUGGUUCCAGGGGGCUGAGAAUAUUUUCUAAGGACAUUGCCAAAGUGUGCAACGGUUGUCCACUUUCCACCCAUUCUGGAAGUCCUCCAAGGAGAGGACCACUCAUUUCUUUCCUAAUCUCUCUCUCUCUCUGUCCCCUCUUUUCUCUUUCUGAUCCUUGCUGCUCUUUCAACUGCAGGGAUUAUUUGCAGAAGAAGCCGUGAACUUUCCUGAGGCAGAGGAGGACCCAUCAGACCCCAGGCAGAUGCCUCUCUCCAAAUGGUGGAUCAAGCAGGAGGAAGAAGACGAAGGUGCUCCUUCGUUGGGUAAGGAUUCACAAGACAUUUCCCAGCUUGGGUCUUCCCCUCUUUGAGCAGGUCUCUCUUGUUUUCCCUUGAGCCUCUGUUGGGGAGGAGCUGACUCCACCAAUUGCUUAGCUUCCGUUGUUCGGGAAUUUAUGCAGUAUUUUCUGGAAGGGCGAUUUUGUGGGAAUUAAACUCUAGUUCCCAUAGUAGCAGACUUUUGUGGAAGACACGCCUGGGCCAUCUGACCAUUUAGCUAUUUCUCUUUUCCCUCCUAUAAAAACUACGCAAGACACUCUCUUUUUAAGUUUUUGUUGUUGUUGAAAUAUAUAUAUUUUUGAUUUUCCAAAAUAUAAACAUACAACAAAACAACUUCCAAAUUUAAUGAUUGAGAUUACUCUGAAUCGCCUGACUUCCCCCCAUCCCUUCCAUGGGUCCUAUUGAUUCUCUUUCAACUGUAUAUCAAAACUUCUCCAAUUUUUCAUCUUCCUUAUCUAUACAUUCUGUUACAUUUCAAGUGUGUUUAAAAUCCUGCUAAUGUUUUGACCUGUUUACAAUGAUUUUGUAUAUAAAUUAUAAAUAUUUCACAUUCUUAUUAAAAUUUCUUGUCUUCUUGAUUUCUGAGCUUCCCAGUUAGUUUUGCCAUUUAAAGUUAAAAUAACAUAAAUUUUUUACUUAGUGUGCUUGCAGUUCUAACUUGCUGCUUUAACUGUUAAGACUGUGAACUGACAGUGCAACUAAUAGUGGGGCAGGAGAGAUGAAAAUAAUGCCAAUGUGUUUCACCCUGGUAUUAGAUAGUAAUAAUAAUAAUAAUAAUAAUAAUAAUAAUAAUAAUAAUAAUUUUGUUAUUUAUACCCCGCCCAUCUGGCUGGGUUUCUGUAGCCACUCUGGGCGGCUGCCAACAGAAUAUUAAAAGCACCAAAAAUUAAAAACUUCCCUAAGCAGGGCUGCCUUCAGAUGUCUUCUAAAAGUUAGAUAGUUGUUUAUUUCCUUGACAUCUGAUGGGAGGGCGUUCCACAGGAUGGGCGCCAUCACCAAGAAGGCCCUCUGCUUGGUUCCCUGUAACCUCACUUCUCGCAGGGAGGGAACCGCCAGAAGGCCCUUGGAGCUGGACCUCAGUGCCUGGAUAGACAGGUCUAAGAUGCCUGGGACCCAAAUUUUCAGGAGCCUCUGACUCAUUUACCAGACGUAAUGAAUUUAGUGUUGACUCUGGAAGUGUAUCCUCUAUUCCGACCAAACUAAGCUCUCCUACUCCACUAUAAAUGUUGACCACUAUUGGAACUGGAUUUUGAACCAGAUGGGCCCCCUUUGGCCUGAUCCUGAAGGCUCAUCUUGUGCUCUUAAUCCUCCAUUAAUUUGUUUAGAGGAACUGCUAAACCUAUUGUCUGGUUGUUUUGGUUUCUGUCAUAAGCCUGUCUUGGUUUAAAAGCAGGGCCUAAAUCAGUGGUGUGCUGUGGUUAUUUUUCAUAGGGGAGCAUAGAAUCAUAGAAUCAUAGAGUUGGAAGAGACCACAAGGGCCAUCGAGUCCAACCCCCUGCCAAGCAGGAAACACCAUCAGAGCACUCCUGACAUAUGGUUGUCAAGCCUCUGCUUAAAGACCUCCAAAGAAGGAGACUCCACCACACUCCUUGGCAGCAAAUUCCACUGUCGAACAGCUCUUACUGUCAGGAGGUCCUAGAGGCACCAGUUUGCAAGGGAGAUUGCGGGGGCGGGGGAACAGACGUCAUAUUCGUGACAUCUUUUUUAAUUAAUUAAUUAGGUUUUUCAGAUUACAAUUUUACAAUUACAUAUUCAACAUACAACUUAAAAACAAGAUUCCAAAGAGCCUCCUGGACUUCCCUCUUCUCCUUUGUGGGUCCUAUUAUUCAUCAUUUCCUCCUGCAUCUUUUAUGUCAAUCGCAUCUUUUACAUCUCCAUUGUAUCCAAAAUUCACCAUUAAACUAUGGUGGUACCUUGGUUCUCGAACUGAAUCCAUUCCGGGAGUCUGUUCGACUCCCGAAACUGUUCGAAAACCAAGGCGCAGCUUCCGGUUGGCUGCAGGAGCUUCCUGCACUCAGUUGGAAGCCGCGGAAGCUGUGUCGGACGUUCGGCUUCUGAAAACUGUUUGCAAACCAGAACACUCACUUCUGGGUUUGUGGCGUUUGGGAGCCGAUUUGUUCAACAACGUUCGGUAACCAAAGUACCACUGUAGAAGUGUUAUUCCAAUCCUGCUAACAAUUUUAGCUGUUUACAGUGGUUUUUAAGAUAAAUUAUAAAUUUCCCCAUUCCUUAUUAAACUUUUGGUCUUCCUGAUUUCUGAUUCUUCCGGACAUUUUAGCCAUUUCAGCAUCUUGACGUCCUGACGUCCCAUGCUUGAGAAUCGUGCUUCCCUCCCUAAGCCCGGCAAAAACUUUGUGGGCUUGGGGAAGACUAGCCUAGUCCCCUUAGUCCAUUGACUGCACACCACCGGUCUAAAUAAUUAAGAAACCGGUCUUCCUGUCAUCUUUGUUCCCCUUGCAGGAGAAGGACUGAGGAUUAUUGUGGUGUGUCCUCCCUCGCCCCUUCCUGAUGGCGGAGUGGAAGCACCUUCUGUGCCUCUGGAACAGGUAAGAGAAGAGGCUGCAGGUGAGCCUGGCUGCCUCUGUGUCCUGCACAACUCACUGGGCCUGGAAAAAUUGUGGGAAUGUUGUGGAUAGCAGGAGGGGAUAUAUUGAUGAAAUAUUAUCCUUCCUCACUCAUGCUAGUGAGUCAGUAGCAGAGUACAUUCUCCAGUAUAUUGCAGGAAGCUAGUUGGUAGAUUCGUUUGAAUCUCUUUACUUAAGCAGUCCAAUCUAGGUUGUCCAGAUUGCGUUUUGUUCCUGGUAAAUUCCCCCUUCUUCUUUGUUUUAUUUCAUCUUGAUGUAUUUUGUUGUCUGCCGGCUCUCAGCCAGCAGCACACGGGCUCAUUCCCAUAUGGGAUGAACUCAAACUCUGUUCUGUAACUAUAAGCUAAAGUCUGCAUUCAGUUUGCUUACUGAACGUCAGUAAACUUCUUAUCAAUAUUUUAAGAGAAGACUGUUUUGUCUUUAUUCUUUAUUUUUAGGAGGGAUUAAAGGGGAAUUUGGGACGCGGGUGGCGCUGUGGGUUAAACCACAGAGCCUAGGACUUGCCGAUCAGAAGGUCGGCGGUUCGAAUCCCCGUGACGGGGUGAGCUCCCAUUGCUCGGUCCCUGCUCCUGCCCACCUAGCAGUUCGAAAGCAUGUCAAAGUGCAAGUAGAUAAAUAGGUACCGCUCCGGCGGGAAGGUAAACGGCGUUUCUGUGCGCUGCUCUGGUUUGCCAGAAGUGGCCUAGUCAUGCUGGCCACGACCCGGAAGAUGUAUUCUGGCUCCCACAGCCAGUAAAGUGAGAUGAGCGCCGCAACCCCAGAGUCGGUCACGACUGGACCUAAUGGUCAGGGGUCCCUUUACCUUUCCCUUAAAGGGGAAUUUACGAGGAACAAAACCCAAUCUGGACAAAGCCAGAUUGGAUUCCUUAAGUAAAGAGAUUCAAACGAAUCUACCAACUAGCUUACGGGGGAAUGUACUCUGCUACUGACUCACUAGUGUGAGUGAGGAAGGAUAAUAUUUUUAUUUUUAUUUUUAAUGUAUUUUUAUUAAAGAUUUUCUUGAUUUACAAAGGUAUGUGCAAUGUCUCCCUCUCGUAUUUUUUCCCCAUGUAACUUUUUUUUUUACAAAUCGGUUUCAUUUGUUGAGACAUUAGGAAGAAAAGAGGGAAAGAGGUGGAGUGGGGGAAAGAUGGAUGGGGGUGGGGUCGGUUGGCAAUGUUUCUAUUUUAUUUAAUACAUGUGGGGUUUUGUGUCAGCAUCGCUUGUGCAGGUUCCUUGCUGUUCACUUGUGUUCCUUUGGUGGUGAGAGGGGUUGGGGUUGGCCUAGGGUGUGGCUGUUCAUUUGUGGUUGGCUGUGGUGGUCUUUGUUUACAUGUGUGAGUGGGGUGGGUGGGUGUUUUGGAUCAGGUUAGCCAUACUGAUUUGUAUGCUGUUGGUGGGUUUUUGUCAUUGUCUUGUUGUGCUGUGUGUGUGAUAAAGGGGAGCCAUACCAGGGUGAAGGCGUCUUCUUCUAUUUGUCCCCGUGUCAGUUUCAAUUUAUUGGUUAAUUUUUCUGGUAAGGCUAUUUCCCAUACUAUUUGGUACCAUUGCUCCAUGCUUACUCCUGACAGGUCUCUCCAGUGUCUGGUGGUAAUAAUAAUAAUAAUAAUAAUAAUAGUAAAAAAAAUUAUUUAUACCCCACCCUCCCUGGCCAGAGCCGGGCUCAGGGCGGCUAACACCAAUAAAAUCACAGUAGAAACAUAAUAGGGGAAAAAGAGAGGGGGGGGAGAGAAAAGAAAAGAAAAAAACCAAUUUAAAAUACAGGUUAAAAUGCAAUUUAAAAUGCAGCCUCAUUUUAAAGUAGCUGAUAAAUCAAGACCAUAAGGGGAGGGAAACAUAAGGGUCAGACCGAGUCCAAACCAAAGGCCAGGCGGAACAGCUCUGUCUUGCAGGCCCUGCGGAAAGACGUCAAGUCCCGCAGGGCCCUAGUCUCUUGUGACAGAGCGUUCCACCACGUUAUGAUGUUUCUGGUUGCUGAGAGAGGUGGGUUAAGGAAGGAUAAUAUUUAACCAAUAUAUCCUCUUCUACUAUCCACAACAUUCCCGCAAAAAUCAACCUCUUCCCCAUCUGCUCUCAUCCUAGCUGCCCAGCAAGGAAGCUGCGAAUGUUGUUUCUGAUGAUUUAAAUCUUGAAAGGCAGCUACAUAAACAAGCUUUCCCUUCUUCCUCUUCUUUGCCAUUCUCCAUGCAGAGAUCACAUUUCUUUUUAUCCCCCGCUCAGGUGACGUUUGAGGAUGUGGCUGUAUGUUUCACCGCGGAAGAAUGGAGCUCGCUGGAACCAGACCAAAGGGCCCUGCACCGGGAGGUCAUGGAGGAGAACUGGAAAAUGGUCACCUCCCUGGAACAGCAAGGCUUGGCUGCCCACGAAGCAGCAGUGCAGGCUGGGAGCAGCGAGGAACUCUGGGAAAGGACUGUGCAAAAGCUCAUAGGUGAGCAUCUCCCUUUUUUCUGUGGCUGAGGCUCCCUUUUCCUCGGAGCUGGUAAAGUCACCCUCCCAUUUGUGAUCUGCAGUGAAUACUCCCUUUCUCACUUCAGUACUUACGAAGCUUCCUUUUGUUCCAGGAGCAGGGAGUCAGGGCGAAGGGGAACGCAGUGCGGCGUCCUUGCCAAGAGCCCGACGCAAAGAGGGCAGAGAGCCGAGGAGGAAAGCAGAAGCUAAGCAGAAGAGCAAGGAGUCGUCUGCCCGUCGAGGCAGCGGCGCCUGCGCAAUCCCAGCCGAAGAGAAACAGGACAAGAGGAAGGAAAGGUGUCCGGUGUGCGGCAAAAUGUUCAAAUGGAAAUCGAGCCUCGAUGCUCACUCCAAAGUCCACACUGGGGAGAAGCCGUUCAAAUGCCUGGAGUGUGGGAAGGGCUUCAGCCGGAGCUCCAGCGUGACGUCGCACGAGAAGAUCCACAGAGGGGAGAAGCCGUACGAGUGCGCCGAUUGCGGCAAGAGCUUCAUUCGCCGGGACUCCCUCAUCUCCCACCAGAGGAUCCACACGGGGGAGAAGCCCUAUAAGUGUCUGGAGUGCGGGAGGAGGUUCAACCGGAAAGGGAGCCUUAUUUUCCACCAGAGAAUCCACGCGAGGGACAAGCCCUACAAGUGCUCUGAGUGCGGCAAGAGCUACUGCAGGAAUUCGAGCCUCAUCUCUCACCGGAGAAUCCACACUGGCGAGAAGCCCUUUCAGUGCCUGGAGUGCGGACAGAGUUUCAGAGAGAAGAAGAGCCUCACCGCUCAUCAGGGAACCCACACGGGCGAAAAGCCCUUCAAGUGCUUUGAGUGCGGACAGAGCUUCAACAGCAAAGGGAAUCUCAAUUUGCACCAGCGGAUCCACUCCGGCGAGAAGCCGUUCCGGUGCCUGGAGUGCGGGCAGAGCUUCAUCCGGAAAGGCGCCCUUAUCUCACAUCAGAGCAUCCACACCGAGGAGAAGCCCUUCAAGUGCUCCGAGUGCGGCAAGUGCUUCCGGAAGAACUCGAACCUCGUUUCUCACCAGAGCAUCCACACGGGCGAGAAGCGGUUCCAGUGCUUUGAGUGCGGGCGGAGCUUCACGCGGCGAGGCACGCUCAACUUGCACCAGCUGCUCCACACCGGCGAGAAGCCGUUCAAAUGCCUGGAGUGCGGAAAGAGCUUCAUUGUGAAAGGGUCCCUCGUUUCGCACCAGAGGAUCCACACGGGCGAGAAGCCCUUCCAGUGCCAGGAGUGCGGGAAGAGCUUCAUGAGGAGAGACUCCCUCAUCUCGCACCAGAAUAUCCACACGGGAGAGAAGCCCUACACGUGCCCCGAGUGCGGGAAGAGCUUCCGCCAGAAGAGCAACCUCACCGCUCACGAGGGAACCCACACCGGGGAGAAACCUUACAGCUGCCUGGAGUGCGGGAAAAGCUUCCGGCGGAACGAGAGCCUGAAAAAGCACCAGAGGCUGCACCUGGAACAGCUGCCUUGGAACAUGGAAAUAGCUCCCAUGGCGACUCCAGUCCACAGGGGAGGAACCAUCCAAAUGCUUCGGAUGUGGGACGAGCUUCGGCCAGAAUAUAAGGAUCACGUCACACUGAAGAACCCACCCAUGGGGGAAUCCUAGAAGUGUGCACAGCGUGAGGGGAAAGUGCCAAUCUUCUUUAGAUUCCCUAUAUUGCAGGGGGUUGGACUAGAUGACCCCUGGGUCCCUUCCAGCUCUACCGUUCUAUGAUUCUGUCGUUUUGCGAUUCACAUCCGAAGGAAGCAUAUGUAACAAAGUAGAUUAGAGCAGUCGAUGAAGUAGAUUAGAGAAUUCCCCCCCCCCCAUGGACCACUUGAUGGUCUUGACAAACCAUUUAAUUACAGUUAAUACCUCUUGUUACGUUUGCUUCAGGUUGAGCAUUUUCAGGUUGUGUCCCGCAGCGACCCGGAAGUACUGGAAAGGGUUACUUGCGGGUUUCGCCACAUGCGCAGACGCGCAUGUUGACAUCACACGCAUGCGCAGAAGCGGCGAAUCGCGACCCACGCAGACGCGGGUUGCGUUCUGCUCAUGUUGCGAACGGAUCCCGUUCGCAACCAGGGAUACCACUGUAUUCCCCUCCCCUUGCCCGUUGUAGCAAUUGUAACACACUUUGCUAGGUGCUGUAUGAUUUUAAACGGUAUUUUAAAUGCUAUUUCAUAGAAGGACAAUUUGCAUUUGGAUCGCAAUAAAAGACAAUAUAAGAAAUAAAAGAAGCAAUGGGAAAUACAGCUAAAAAUCAAUAGGAAUGUUUAACACGGACGUGCCAUGACAUACCUGAACGAAGCUUGUGGACCACUGGGAACCCCUGGAAUAGAGCUCUAGUGACUAAUUGGACCUUUGCAGCCAACAGAGAGUCAACACAUGAGACUGAUGUUCAAAUCCCUACAAACCCUGUAUUGUACUUAGGGAAAUGAAUAGAGUCAGAAUCUUACAAAGUUUAGUGUUUUGAGUAAGCAUUUAACACUGUCGCCUUUUGUGAAUGAACUAUCACUCCUAGUGACCUAGAGCGGCCACCGCCAUGGGGGCUGGGGACUCAAAAGAGAAUUUGGGAUGCUUCAGUGGGGUGGGGAGAUGAUUAUAUGGAGCAGUGAUAGUGGCUGAUAAAGCUACUAUUGAGGCACAGAGGGAGAAAUGGACUCCCUCUCUCAUUUUAUGAGAACUCAAGUUUACCUAGUGAAAACAAGCAGCGAUGUUUAGUGAGAGAGAGAAAAAGGACGAUUAGGACCAUCAUCUUACACAUCGAUAUAAUGUUGUGGUUAGGUAGUUAACUGCUUCACUUUUUUGUGAAUGAACCAUUUUGUGGCUGGCGCCCGUGACAUCUUCAUCAAAAUUCCAAGGGUAUUCAUUGGCAAAAAAAAAAAAAAAAGGUUGAUGGCGACCACAUCUCUCCCUAUAUUCUCAACCCACGCAUACAAGAGGCAUUUAUCCAGAGUUGGAGGCCGCAAUCCUGCCAGCCAAGCAAACACACUCAAGGUGAAUGAGAAGCAAGGCCAUUGAAAGGUAUAGGUCCCCAUACACACCUGGGAAUAUAACUGCCUUGAACUCCCUGGGAGUUUACUUCCAGCUCAAUAUCUUCCAAUGGACUUGUAUUUUGUGGGACUUUAAAUUGGAUGAUUCCUCACCCCACCCCAUUAUGCUUUUUAUUUUUAUUUUGCAAGGAUCGACCACGUAGCCCUUUUAAAGUAGAGAUCUUUAUCCCAGUGUGCAUCUGUAUUAGAUAUGAAACUCAUAUAUGGUUUUCUCCUUGAUGCCUCGUAGGAAGUGAUUCAUAAAUUAAAGUAAAUAAAGUCCUUUCCGUUGUUGAACAAAGAAACAUGAA